GAACCAACCGCCAAGCAGGGACUUCACAGAACUGAGGCAUCCCAGCCAAAGCGCCUCCGUAUAUCCUUGAAGUCGUAUACUCGGCUCCUCCUCUUCUUCUUCUUAUUAUUCUUAUUCUUCUUCUUCUUGUUGUUAUAUUUCCCUUUCUUUACCCUUUCGGCAUAUGACCACGAUCCUAAAGCUCACGACAUAAUUUCUGCGAGGCCCGUCAAAACAGCCAGGUUGCAAUGGCGAUGCACAAUCCAUGUCUACUGUCUAUGAGAGCAAUGCGACCUGUUACCUUUGGAAAGCAGUGCUUUCGGCACCUUCAUAAGCGGGCAUCUUCUGCUGCAAUACCAUCACCGACACCAUUCGUCCCAGAUGUUCAAACUUUCCUUACAUUAAUCGGUCGUGGCAUGAAUAAGCAUGCGAGCAAGCUGCCAUCUUGGGACAAACUAUUUUCGAUUGGUUCACCUGAGCUUAAAGAAUUGGGUAUUGAACCUUCAAGCCAGCGACGGUACCUGCUUCGGAAAAGGGAGAAAUUCAGACGAGGAAUCUAUGGACCCGGUGGUGACUUGCAGCACGUGGUCAAUGGUACUGCACAACUGCGGGUUGUUGAGGUCCCCAAAGAACCAAAGGACGCUAAGGACGCGACGGUGGCCAACAAAUCAGCACAUCAUUCAAUUUACCCAGCAAGCUUAUCUUCGGGCAUGAGGAAAAUCAUUGUCAAUCUGCCACCAGAUGCUAAAGAAUAUAUCUAUAAUCCAUCCAAUCCGCCGAAGAAGAUUGCACACAUGAAGGUCCACCACGGCAACACCAUAAAGGGUCCUUUUCUGCAGCCAAUCAAGGGCUCUAAAGGUAGCGCAGCUUUAUUCGAAUUAAAGGAAGGCAUGUGGGAGGAUCGACUUGGAGUUAAAGUGGAUGGCGGUGAAAGAAGACGCGCGGAAGUCAGAGCCAAACGAAGGAGCGAAGAAAGGCGGAAAGGUAUUAUCUAACGGAGCGAAGGGUAUUGAUCAAGUUCUGACCAAACUGUGUAUGCCCGUCUCCUCUGUUUUCUUACCCAAUUUCUUUUGUCAAUUUUCGCCGCAUGUACAAUAUGCAUUUAUGUGAGACUGCUUUUGCUUCAUGGUUGCGUAUCGUUUGGAUACUGCGUUCUAAUAUGUGGACUUAACAUAAGAAUAACUCUCUUGCACAAGCAAUCAAUACUUCUCCGCUAG